GAAAUAUAUAGUCAGCGGUCGAAGCACAGCGGAAUCAGCUCACCAUCGCAUUUUUCUCUCAGCUCCCAUUUCCUCUGGCAUUUCACAUUACUUAUUCCAGUCUACGUUCUGCACCCUCCUCAUCGCAUUAAUUUAUUCUACUAUAUAGCAUGGACAUCCAGCAGCCAGAUAGCCAGCUAGAUCCCUCACCCGUACAUCGACAGGCUAAAGAGUAUUCGAACAUCAUCAAUUUCGGUGAUUCAUACCCACAUCGCGUCUGUGAGCUCCCGGAGGCAGUGUUCCGUCCACUCCUUCUCGACUGCUAUUGCCCGUGCGGCAAAAGCCACGCUCGGUUCCUUACCAAACAUAGCAAGCUACAUCUUGUCACAGAGCUCCGUGUGAUUAUAUACAACCGAUGCAGGCUGCCAAUGGACAUGGAUAAGGUGAUUAAGGACAUGGCCAGCAGGCUACCUUCGUCACUGCCAAAUGUGCGCUCGAUUCUAUUCCUCGGGGAAGGCAUAUUCAUGGCAGGGCUGCAAAUGACGUGGACCCCAUUGAGGAAUUUGAGGCGGCUGAGUCAGCUGCAAAGUCCUAUCCGAAGGCUGUUUCCAUGUAACUGGGGCCCGGCAGCUAACAUAACCAGUGAGAUCUCGAGACUUUGCCCUCUGUAUGAAUGUACGCUCAAGGAGUACAUGCAUCAGCUGGAACAUGUCCAGAUGCUUAUCCCAUUCCCCCUGAAUGUGCCCAAGCUCUUCGACAAUCUCACAUCACUUUCAAUUAACAUCCGCUACGUCCGUCUGCGCCGCGACUUGCCAGCCAUUCCGACACAAUGCUUGCGUAUCCUCGAGGUGUUCCAGAUCGAGGCUGUUAUCCCGUGGCACCUCUUCGAUAUCACCGAAGGCGCGCUGGACUUUGGCAACCUUGAAAGUUUACACCUGGAAUUUAUCCAGGCCGCCGCUCAGACUGUCAAUUUUCCAGGCUGCGAUUACCCCAUCCAUUUCCCUAAAUUGAGUGCUCUUAACAUUACUGGCUCCGCUUACGUCUACACCGACAUCUACGCCUAUUUCCAGGGCAGAACAUUCGAGAGACUGACUAUUAUGGACGACCCGACGAACUUUGAACGCAUCAACGAGCAGGCGUUCGAGUCGGUGAAGAUACUCAAGAUCGGCCACCCAACUAGAAUCCCGUUCGUCAACAUGUACUCGGUCGACAUGGUUGAGCGCCUGUAUCAGCUGCCGUCUAAUGCUGAGGAAGCCGUCUUAGGACUCCUCGACUAUCCACUGCCUGAGUUGAUUGCAUGGGUCAACUUGCGCUCGCUUACUCUGACAGCCAGUAUCGCGGACAAGCACGGGCUCGCCAAUCUACUGGGACAGCUACCGCUUUUACAUACACUCAUCGUGGACUGUUUCUCUAUGAGCCAGAAGGAUGUCGGUUCAACCAACUUCCCGGACCAGAAGAUCACAUUUGACGAGAUCGGCGAGAUCCUGGAUUCAAGCAGCAAUUUGCCUGUCAGCGAGAGCCUCGAGCGUCUGGAUCUCUUUGUUCGCGGCGCAUUCGACAUGGUUGGUUUCUGUGAGCUGGUGUCGCGCCUUCCUCGG